AGAGAGUUUGAGCAUCAGCAGCACGCGCGGGGCGAAUCAAACUGGACAAACACGCGCUUAUUUCAGCUUUUUUCGCGGAUUCUUCGGGGAAGUUCAUCGGCUUUGUGGAUGAAAUGUUUGUGCCCGUGGCUUUGCUGGUAUUAAUUCAGAGCAUCGCUGUCGUCCCUGUCACCGUCACCAGCCGCAGUCCUCGAGUGGAAGUGCAUGAGUUCUCAGAUGCCGAGCUCUCCUGUGAGUUCAAGACCGAAAAUGACGAGAAUCCUCGCAUUGAGUGGAAGAAGAUAGACAAGGAUGUGUCAUUCGUUUAUUACGAUGGCCAUUUCGUAGGGCCAUUUCAUGAUCGUGCGGAGAUUAAAGGGGCAACAGUGCGGCUGCGCAGAGUGACUCAGGUCGACGCGGGCAAGUACCGCUGUGAGGUCAGCGCUCCACUGGACUCCAUCACGCUGGGAGAGACCAACGUCACACUGAGAGUGCUGGUGCCUCCACAAACACCGUUGUGUGACGUGCCCAGCUCUGCUGUGACAGGCUCUCAGGUGGAGCUGCGUUGUAGGGACCAGCACAGCAUCCCGCCCGCUGUCUACACCUGGUUCAAAGAUAACCGCGCUCUGCCCAUCCGCCAGCCCAACGCUACAUACACUGUCAACGAGUUCACCGGCAUACUGACGUUCCAGACUGUCAGCAGAGCCGAUACAGGUCAGUAUCACUGUGAGGCCAAAAACGGUGUGGGACCCGCCAAGAGCUGCCAUGGCACACACAUGCAUAUCGAUGAUCUGAAUGUGGCGGCGGUGAUAGCUGGAGUGGUUCUGCUGUGCCUGAUCAUGUUUUUUUGUGCUUUCGGAGCGUGUUAUGCCCAUCGACACGGAUACUUCAGCCGACACAGAGGAAGGUCAUUCUGGAUCGCGCAGUGUCACGGCACGGCUCACAUUAGCAGCCAGAACCUCCACAGAACCGAACACAAUCAACAUUCAGGCUACAGUCAUCCUCCGAAGGAAGUGAGUGAUAUUUUUAUACCAUCUCAAAUUAACAGUCACUUCACUGAGGACUAACCGGUGUUUCUACUA